CUUUUGUAUAAAACACCCGUCUCCGUCUCCGGUGAGCAGGAGAAGGGGGAGGGAGGAGGCCAAGGACGCAGCCGCGAAGCCAAGCCCACCCGAUCCAGUCCCUGCCGCCCUGCCCCAGCUCGUCUCUCAGGUCGCCGUGCCACUGCCAGUCCCGCGAGCAGCUCAGAUUCACGAGCUCGUCUCCUAGAUCUUGCGCCGUUUGGCUGAAUUCUGUUCUUUGGGAGCAAAGAGGUGCUGGUUGGCGGCGUUGUUUGGUGCUUUGGGGGCGGCGAGUUUUUGCGUUCUCCCGCUGUGCUUGUGUUGCUGCUGCGGCGGGGUGGAGAUGGGGGUGGCGGGGGAGAAGUUCCAGUUGGGGACGGUGGGGGCGCUCAGCCUCUCGGUGGUGUCCUCCGUCUCCAUCGUCAUCUGCAACAAGGCUCUCAUGAGCUCCCUCGGCUUCAACUUCGCCACUACUUUGACAAGCUGGCAUCUCCUGGUCACGUUUUGUUCUCUCCAUGUGGCAUUAUGUAUGAAGCUCUUUGAGCACAAACCUUUCGAUGCAAGGACCGUCAUGGGAUUUGGAGUGCUCAAUGGCAUAUCGAUUGGACUUCUUAACUUGAGUCUGGGUUUCAAUUCUGUUGGUUUCUAUCAGAUGACAAAGCUGGCUAUUAUUCCCUGUACUGUUAUAUUGGAGACCCUUUUCUUCAGGAAGAAAUUUAGUCGGAAUAUCAAACUCUCCCUUAGCGUGCUCCUUGUUGGUGUUGGUGUUGCAACUGUAACUGAUCUGCAACUCAACACUGUGGGAUCUGUACUGUCACUGCUGGCAAUCAUCACAACCUGUAUUGCUCAGAUUAUGACAAAUACAAUACAGAAGAAGUUCAAGGUAUCUUCAACGCAGCUUCUGUACCAAUCUUGCCCAUACCAAGCAUUGACUUUGUUCCUUAUCGGUCCAUUCCUUGAUGGAUUUUUGACUAACCAAAAUGUCUUUGCUUUCGAUUACACAACUCAAGUUCUGUUUUUCAUCGUGUUGUCAUGCCUGAUUUCAGUCUCAGUAAACUUCAGUACUUUUCUCGUGAUUGGGAAGACAUCUCCUGUAACUUACCAAGUUCUUGGCCAUCUGAAAACAUGCUUGGUUCUCACCUUUGGCUAUGUUCUGCUUCACGAUCCGUUUAGCUGGAGAAACAUACUUGGAAUCCUAAUUGCGGUAAUUGGGAUGGUUUUGUAUUCAUACUUCUGCACUAGAGAGACUCAGCAAAAACCAGCAGAAGUCUCCCCACAAGUAAUUCAGGCGAAAGAGGGUGAAUCAAACCCUCUGAUCUCAGACUCCCUGAGCGCUGCUGAAAACGGGGGCAGUGCCACCGACGACGAACCUCUGAAGGUACCAAUGUGGAGCUCAAAGUACUCGAAGGCGUGAAGGCUGUUCUGUUACUAGUGUACGGUGCUAUACAGAAUUCAGCUUGGUUAGGCAGAUACUAGGGUUGGAAGGCAACCCUGUUCCUGUUCCAUUUUUGGCCUUCUAUUUUUUUUCUUCCUUUCUGGCAUAUACUAUAAAUAUAUGUGCUGUCAGUAAAUGGAUCUCACUCUUCAGAGGAUAAUACCUCAGCUCGAGACGAGUGGUCUGCCUGAAAGCUAUUUUCUUAUGCUCCACUCCACAUGUGUAACUUGGUAGAUGGACAUGAUGUCAACAGUAGUAGUUUGCAUUCUUUUGUACUAGUAGUAUAUGUAUAUUUCUCAGUCUUCUGUUA